AUGGUGCACGUGGAAGAAUCAACUCCCCAUGGUUAUGGAAGUAUGCCACCACCAUAUUGUGCAUCAGUUAGACAUGAGCUCAACCAGAGUAUGGCACAAGUGACAAAGUUUCUUCCACUUGGGAACUUUUGUAUUCCAUCUGUAUUGAGUAUUGACAAGGUUUCUUUUUCAGGCCCACAUUAUUUUGAAGACUUAACAGAUAUGUUGGGGCAUGAUAUAUCUGAAUUGUUCAAUGCUGACUUUGGUGAUAAUAGUAUUGAGGAGGAAGUCGCUGAACAGUUAUUGAUUAUGCAUGAAGAAUGCCUGCAAAGCAACUAUUCGUCUAUAGAGAGGUUAAGGAAUUUGCAUGUUCAGGGGAAUGCUGUUUCCCAAAGUAGGCAGGUAGAGGGGAGUGACGACGGCAGAGAUAGCUCAGACGACGAUGACGAUGACGAUGCCUUGAUGAUGGAUGAUGAUUCAGUUGCUGCACCAGAGGAGAUGGCGGUGGACAGGCCAAGGCCCUCCAAUCCCGUCACCGAUGCGGAUGGUUGGACUGUGGUGCCUCCCAGGCACGGUCGGCUGGUAGCUGCUGAUUUUGUUACCGAAGGGGAGUUGAGUGUGCAGUAUGUUUCCUUGAGGCUAGCUUCAAGCGUCACACUAUGA